ACGCAUUGAGCCGGCAUAGUUAAUAUUAAAUGAGAGUGAAAGUAUAUUUGCGUAAUUGGUUUUGCUCAGUCACGUUCAGACCGAUCUAAAAUUAAAUGUAAACAUAAGAUGAUGCAACUCUGGUCCCCAUUUCCAAGAGCGGCGCCAACUGAUAAGCUGAGAGCGAGAGCGUAGACAUGCAACAUGUAUGAGAGAGCGUAGCUCCAUUUUGGGGAGAAUAUUGGGAUUGUCUGGAUUGCUGCCCUUCUCCUCUCCAUCUUUUCUGAUUUUUAACACACAUCUGGUCUGUGCGCUUCACAAACUGUAUUCAAUGCGCGGCAUUCAUUCGGUCUUCCUUUUGUGACUGCUGUGCGAAUAAGCGAACGCCUGCGCAACAGACAGAUGUUGCAAAAAACGAGAAAAAAGAAACAAAAGAAAAUAAUAUGAUCUAAAAGAAAAACUACUAGAAAAUAAAUUACAAAGGCCGUGCAUAAAAAAAGAAAACGUCGACGCAACAAAGUUACACACAUAUGCUUGUGUGUGUGUGCGUGCUUUUGGAGGGGUGAAUGAAUAACACAAAACAGACUACAAAAUAUAAACAGCAAAAGCAUAAUAAAAUAAACAAAACCAUAUAGAGCGAGAGCGAAAGAGCUGUUGGUCAGCUGAAAGGAAGUGCCAUAGCCAUUGCUAGAAAUAAAUAAAACACUAUUAUUGGUGGUGCGUGUAUGUGGUAUGUUAUGUUGAGUCGUGGGUGUGGAACGAAAGGCCCUCCAGAGAAAAUUCACAGACAAUUAUGCGCUUGCCAAGUGCUGACGUUUCUUAAUUGGCAUGUGCUCUAAUCAACACUAAACUUCAAUAAAGAUACUAAAACUGCAAAGAUGUGCUACGUUAUCAUCACAAGCGUCAGUCUAGUCUGGUUUCUCUGCACGCUCAUUGCUGACAUGUUGGUGGCUGUGGCUCUGGUCACACCCAAAUGGCUAAUUGCGCCGCCCACUGCUGCUGCCACACCCUUGGAGCGUGCGCCUAGCGUAGGCAUUUACACCCGCUGCAAACAUAUGCUGGAGCGCGGCUAUCAUUGUGGUCGGUUCGAUCUGGAUGGGUUUGCCACCGAGGGGAGUGUUUAUCCCGCCGAAUGGAAGGCAGCGAUGUUUUUCAUGUCGCUCGGAUUGAUGUUGCUCUCCAUAACAGUUGGAGCAACGCUGCUGAGCUGUUGUCGACAAGCACUAUGGGGCAAAAGCCUGCAUAAUCUUACUGCCUGUGCGCAGGUUCUUGCAGGGAUUUCAGUUAUGCUGGCACUCUUUUUGCAUCCCUUAGGCUGGCGCGCUACAAGAGUUCAACGCUUGUGUGGUGUGGAGGCAGAGCCCUUUUAUCCCGCCGAUUGCAGCAUAGGUAUUUCUUUUUAUUGUGGACUGGCUGGAUUACUGCUUACCUUUGCUGCCGCUGGCAUUAGUCUCAAGGCAGAGUCCUCGAAUAUGCGCACUAGGGUGCGUCGUUUGGUUGAAGGCGGUAGUAAGCUCGUCUGCAUUCCAUAGAGACAACUUUAAUAUU